AUGAGGAAAAACAAUUAUAAGCAGAGCCCAAUUUUAUGGGCCAGAAGGUGGUCCAUGAAAGUUGCCCAAAUAGUAUUUCAUGGGUUUUAUCCGGUCCGACAACAAAAGAAGCGUGAUUUACAAGCUCGACCCACAUACUUUAGGUGGCGCAUCAGCCAUUCAGCCGUUGAUCUGAUCAUCUCCCUCCUCUCCCUCUCGCACUCCCUCCUCAUUCGAGUAUCCAAUCUACGCGCAUCCCGUGGCGAUAUUUUGGGGUCGCGGCGCGCCAAGCUCAUCGCCGACAAGCUGGAGCGAGGGCUAGGGUUGGGUUUCUGGGGGUUGGCGUGGUCGGCAGGAUGGGACUAUCUGAAGAAUUACGCAUGGAGGGACUGGAAUUACGGGGAUUUGUAUGGCGUCGUAUCGGACCUGAAUGAAUUGAUGGGAUACUUGGGUGAUUUGACCCGAACCGGAUCCGAAGUGGAGAAGGCUGCCUGGGUGGCCCGUAAUUACCAGAGUGUUCUUCGGAUUUCAAAGCGAGUCAUGAACAAGCUCCUCAAAGUUUUCCGUCAAUCGGGAGCGUUGAGAGAAGCGUUGGAGAUGAUACAGAUUGAGAUUGUAGAAGGUGGAUUGUUGAAGGAUUGCCUUGAAAUCGGGGGCAAGGACGUUAGAGGCGUGGUUCAGAUCUUGAAGGAUUUGGCUUCACAGUACACUGCCGCUCCCGAUGAUGGGAACCGCGAUCUAUGA